AUGGCAGGAUGGCCUCAUCCUUUUGACAGUAACUCCAGUGAUCCAGAGAACUGGGAUUGGAAAUUGAAUAGUAGACAUCGUAAACGUUAUAAACAUUCAAGUACUCCCCCACGUGUUGCCAAAGGAGUUGUUGCCCACACCAAAAUGAGUCUACAUGGUGACUUGAUCUCUCUCAACGAGAGAUCAAGAGGUAGACGAAGGUCAAGUGACAGAUCCCAAGAUUCAUCUCACGAAAGUACAGAAUCUCAGCUCAUUCCUCGUAUUAAAAAUGUUACUUCAACACGACAGCACCAUGUUGAACGUGAAAAAGAUCACAGUUCCUCUCGUCCAAGCAGUCCUCAUCCUCAAAAAGCAUCUCCAAAUGGUUCCAGGAGCAGUGCUGGGAACAGCAGCAGAAACAGUGGUCAGUCAAGUUCAGAUGGUAGCUGUAAGACAUCUGGGGAAAUGGUGUUUGUGUGUGAAAAUGAAAAAGAAGGAGGUCGGAAUGUAAGAACGUCAGAACGAGUGACACUAAUAGUGGAUAACGCUAAAUUUGUUGUAGACCCAUCCAUUUUUACUGCUCAGCCAUACGCAGUGCUAGGCAGGAUGUUUGGGGCUGGCAGAGAACAUAACUCUACAUGUCCCAGCGAGAAGGGAGAGUAUGAGGUGGCAGAGGGGAUUGGCUCUACUGUGUUUCGAGCUAUUCUGGAUUACUAUAAAACAGGAAUAAUCCAUUGUCCCGAUGGCAUAUCUAUUCCUGAACUGAGAGAACCAUGCGACUCUCUUUGUAUCUCUUUUGAAUAUAGUACUAUUAAAUGUAGAGAUCUCAGUGCCCUAAUGCAUGAGUUAUCAAAUGAUGGUGCCCGUAGACAGUUCGAAUUUUACCUGAAAGAAAUGACUCUGCCUCUCAUGGUAGCUAGUGCCCAGAGUGGGGACCAUGAAUGCCACAUAGUGGUGCUUACAGGUGAUGAUGUGGUUGAUUGGGAUGAAGAGUAUCCACCACAGAUGGGAGAAUAAUAUUCACAAAUUAUUUAUAGCACAAAAUUAUAUAGAUUUUUCAAGUACAUUGAAAACAGAGUUGUGGCCAAAUCAGUUUUGAUGGAGAGGGGUCUUAAGAAGAUUAGAUUGGGAAUAAAAGGUUGUCCAACCUACAAAGAAAAAAGUAAGAAAAGGCCUGGGGGCUGCCCGGAAGUGAUUUACAACUAUGUCCAAAGACCCUUUAUUCGAAUGUCUUGGGAGAAGGAAGAAGGAAAGAGCCGGUGUGUAGACUUUCAGUGUGUAAAAAGUAAAUCUAUCACCAACCUUGCAGCAGCUGCAGCUGACAUUCCCCAGGACCAGCUGGUAGUCAUGCACCCAACUCCUCAAGUGGAUGAGCUCGAUAUUUUCCCUAUCCAUCCCCCUUCUAGCAACAAUGACCUCGAUCCUGACGCACAGAAUCUGAUGCUGUGA